AUGAAAUCAUCAUUGUGCAAGUUAACUCGGAGAGAAUGCAAUAUUGAUUGGAUGCUAGCUUGUCCUGAUCCAACCCCAAUCGCAUUUUUUCGAUAUACAUUUCCAGCACAUAAAACUAAAGCGUCUGAUAAUUAUCGGAAAACACUUGAUCUGGCUUUGAAUAUGGCUAACAAUCAGGAAAUAAAAGACAAGCUCAAAAUAAUGAAAGAAAUGGCGGAUGAUGAAAAGAUUCUGCGUGAUUGGGAAUCAUGGAUGCAAGAAAAAACAGCGAUUCUUAUUCGUCGUAAUGUACGUAGUACCAAUCUUAAUCUUCACAAAGAGAUAAACACGUUGUCAUUAAACAAGGACGAAUCAUUGGCAAAAAAUACCAACUUAGAUGGUAUCGACGAUGGCGAGAGUUAUAAUAACUUCAUAGAACGUGGAGAAGAAAAUCAACUAACUACUCAUCGAUCGUGGGUUCUCAAAAGUGGUACCAACGUUGGAGACGAGUUAGCAAAAUAUGUUAAGACAAUUCCUGAGGCUCAUAAAUGUUUGAACCUCGCGUACUGGAACAUUCUCGAUUUAACAGAAGACACCAAAAUAAAACCUUUUUUUUCAACGGAUGACUGGGAAGAAAUAAAUGAAAGCUUUAAAAAAGAAGUAAAAUUAGUUGAAUCGGACAUACCAGAUGUUGUUGAAUAUUUUUUCGAUGAAGUGGAAAAGGUAUCCAAAAAAAAUGAUGAAUAUAUUAUCAAUGCGAUUGAUGAUUUGACUCCGGAGAUGAUAGAAAAAAAUAGAAAAGUCAAAUUCAGUGAUGAGGAUAAGGAGAUCUUUAAUGUAUUAAGACGUGCCGUUAUUACCUAUGCCGAAAAUUUGAAGGAUCUUGAAGUUCCCAUAUCAGAAGCCGACUUUGACAAUUCAUUUCCAAAUAUGUUAACAAAAAGAUUUUUAAACAAACGUGAUCUCAAAAUGGAUGUCGGGGAAAUUGCUUGUUGGGCUUCUUCCCGUCGAAGAAACGAGGGACGCUCAAUAGUCCUCCGAGCACGCAUAGGCCAAAAGUGCGAUUUUCGGGGUACUUUGAAAAACAGCAUUAAUAACCUUGAAGCCAUUAUUGGCCUUAGAAGUGGUGGUCUCCCUGUUGCACAUCGCAAAAAAAUCCACGAGGAUAGAGUGGAUCUUUCCGUAGCAAUGCGCGAUGUUCUGUAUAAUUUUUUUAAAACAAAUCCCAAUGCAUCUGGAAAUGAGCUUCAUAGUACAUAUGUUCUUGGAAUUCAAUCGUGGGGGUGGAUCCACGAAACUUAUGGCAUGGACUGUAAGGCUACAAAUGUAUUGCGCUUAGGAAGGCUUUCUCAGAAAAAGAUGCCCAAUACUUUAAAAACGCUUGCAAUUCUUGAAGGCUUUUAUGCUACUAUGUCGGACAUCAAGUCUACGUUGAAAAUAAUUUGUGAUCACACAAAUGGUGUCUCACUUUCUGACUCACGUUUACAUAGAGAACGCAAAAGAAAAAUUCCAGUUUACAGCGAGCAAUCCGGAUUGUUCGGUACACCUUCAUCAAGUCCAAUAAAGAGAGGUAAAUGUGAAAAUUAUUGA